AAAUGAAUGAAAAGCAAUUUCAUUUCUGUGUUUGAAGGUGUACACACACCUGCAUGUGAUCGAAGAGAGGAUGAACCAAAGCCUGGCUCUGCUCUAUAAGGUCCCCGGCCUAGCUGAGAAACUUCACGACGAAAUCCAGGAGUUAGUGAGAACAGAGAGGGGGGACAUCAGCGAACUCAUGACCACUUCCUUUUCUGAGACGCGCACCACAGAGGAGCUGCUUCCUGCCGAGAGCGCGGAAGAGCGAGACGAUGAGGAGGAAGAGGACAGAGCUUUCCAGAACCGCCCCUACCCACCACGCAUCGACCCCCAGCCUAACGAUAAGAAAGUGUCAUCAGUAGAUGAGUAUGACUACACCACCUCUGAGAGAGGACCAACUUAUGAAUACGAGGAGAAGAUCAACACCUCUGUAGAGCUGAAGCAGGUGGUCUACAAGUCUCCAGGAAUCCAGAGAGAUGAGCUGCAGCCGGACGUUUUGGAGACAUUUAACCGCGGGGCAAUGGUGGGGCUGUUGGUGGUUGCCGUGGCCAUCGCUAUGGUGAUGGUCAUCAGCUUGUUGCUAGUCCGCCGUAAGCCAUAUGGAACCAUCAGCCAUGGCAUAGUAGAGCAGGUCGACCCCAUGCUGACCCCCGAGGAAAGACAGCUCAAUAAGAUGCAGAAUCACGGCUAUGAAAACCCCACUUACAAAUUCUUCGAGCAAAUGAACUGAGGAGGGCUCUGCAGUCUCAAGGCCAUGCCCUCCCCUCUCGCCUCCCGUUUUUCGAUUGGGGUUUUCACGGCAACCCCCUCUCCCUUGUACUGUAUGUAUGUCUAUAUGACCGAUGUUCAAAAUGUACAACAAACCCGGCACGUAAAUAGGGAGUUUGUAGUAAAACGUUUGCAUACUACUCUCUCAUCAGGGAGAGAGAACACUAAUAAGAGAAUCCGCAGUCCACCGAGAGCUCCUUUAUCCCCCGGUUUUUGCUUUCAUUCAUGAGGGUGUGGCCGUGCCGAGCAUGAUCGGCGGUUUUAAAAUCUUGGAAUAGUGUCACACAUUCUUUCCGAAUGAAUUACAUGUUUCAAAGAAGCUAAACCGUGUUCAACAUGAAUGGUUUGUUUUGUCGUUUCUAUUUUCAAAGCAGAGUUUAUUUCAUGGUGAAACUGUGAUAUGAAUGAAAUAAUAUAUUUUUGAGUUCACUACAGAAACCCGGGAGGGAAUUCGAGACAUUUUGGCCCUCUUAAAGUCAUUUUAGGAUAUAAACUGCUAGACUCAUUUUGUUUUAAUAAGACUUCAGAUAUAAAAGGAACAAGGUUUGUAUUCACAUAUAACUAAACCAUCAAACAUUCUGGUAGAUUAUUAGUCUCAAUCACACCGUAAGAAACUGAAUCAGUGUUUUAAAUGUACCACGAACGUUCAUUGAAUAAUACUACCCGAAAGCUUAGAAUAUUUUUCUGGUAUUGCUUCUUUAAAAGUCAAUUCUAAGUAAUCUGAAGUCCAUACGCGUAAAGAAAAGCAUGCAAAAUUUGGUGUAUGAUGCUAUAACGUACUUGUGUUGGUCCUGUUUCUUGCUUUUUGAUAAAAAUGAAAAUAUCACAGUGCAACAAUGACGUGUACAUAACUAAAGACGUAACUCGAAUAGACGUUUCUAUCAUUAAUUUGUAUCGACGCAACGUGUGGACAUAAAGAUGAUCUUGUGCUGCUCACACAGAGAACGAAACAUUUCCUAACAUGGCUGAAUGAAAACGGACUGUUGAAUAAACCAGCACAAGAAAAUGACACAGUAACUCCUGACUGAAUGUAUCUUCGGUAGACAUAGGCUCCAUUCACCGUUCCCUCCUGACACGCCACAGCGGUUAGAGCGUAGGUUAGUUAGCUUAGCUAAUCGCUCCGUUUUCAUACAGUAGUUGAUUUAACUGUCGAGGGUUUUGUGUUGUGUGACUGAAACUAGUACAUCGUCACCUGUGAAAGGUGGUAAACAACUUUGACUGACACCAAAACUGGUUUAAGUUUCUACAUGUGUCACUAAGGCCUGAAAAUCAAGUUUGUUUGUUUUUAAAAUUAGAGGGUUAUAGAGUUAUCUGUCUAUUGCAUUUCUGUUCUAGUACAUGAUUGAAAUUUUAAAUCAAAUUUUUUGGUGUCUGUGCCUGUGACACAAAUAAUGUUAACACAACAAUUUACUGUUAGCCUGUUGUAGAAAGGACAUGUCUUGCUCUAAAUCUUUUUAUUAGUAGAACAAACACAUUUUUGAGAAGAAUACGGAAUCAUCAUGUGUUUAUUACGUGACAUAUCAACAGAAGUGAAACCAAAAUGUGGGCCCAGUAUGUUUAUGUUUUUCGUUUCUUCAGUCCAAAACUACACGUUUCUAUAAACCAAACCAAACUCCGUCCUGUGAAAUUGUAGCUCAUAUUUAUUUUAGAGUUAUUUUCUGAGUCAAGAUGCACCAAACAUAAUGACAUGAUCGUUUGUAUUUGAUUGCAUUGCCUUUUUUGUCUUCCUUUGUCACAUUUGAACACACCUGAAGCGAAACCAAACCACAAAAAUGCUCAUUUACCCUCAACUUCCUCACAGCUCUGGAAUAUUUGAUUGAACGGAAGCUGUACUACUUAUUUUUAAGGCAUUAUCAGAAGCAUAAUGGUUCAUAAAUCUCUCCAGAUUAGAAUUAACUUAAUUCAACACAUGGCACCAGAUGCUCACGGCACUUAAAACGGAUCGUGGAUAGCCUGCUGUCUUGAUCGCUCUGAGGUGUAUUUAUGAAUUGUGAUCAGCUAACAUUGUGGUUUGAUGCCCUAAUUUAGGACUCUUAUAUAAGAUUUUGUACCAGCAUCAGGCAGAUUUAGGACAAUGAUUUUACAUUUAUAUGUGUCUUCUCUUGUUGAGAUGACUCCUCCCUCUCUUAUCCUGAACCAAUAGAAAUGUAAACAAAGUUACGGAUGUUUUAACUGCUGCAUUAUUGCCUUUUUCAAUGCUGUGUUUUGGAUGUAAUUAUAUGUAUUUUUAUUUAAGUCAAUAUUAAUUGGAGUUUGGGUCAUUUGCUAUAUAGAUUUGGACUGUAAACACUGAACGGGUCUGAUCAACAUCAUGCUUGAAAACUAAUUAACUGAGAGCACAACUGUAUCCAGAUUCAUUUGUGUCCAUUCAUCAGUACUUCAAAAUCUUUCCUUGUCUUGCUGAAUUCAUUACUGAAGAAUCAAUACAGUGAAGGUUAAGAUGGAAACGCAUAUAGUCUAGAUCUAAUGUGUUGAACAUCCUAUACACCCCAGUUUUAUCUUUCAAAUUUCUAGCAUGUAUUGAAGAUGCAGCUUAAUAAUGUAAAAUAAUUGGUUACUAUAAGAUGGAAUUUGGCGAAUUGGUGCUUUAAGGAACUUCACAGAAUUCGUCAUUUAAGCUACUGAAACCAAUGCAAUGAAAUAAGCUGAUCUGGAAUCAUUCUGAAUUUCACCAAAGACAUGUUCUGGAUAUGAUUGGAAGGCCAAAUAAUGUGUUGUAUUUUUAAUUGACAUGUAUUGUAAGAGCAAGCAACCUGUGAACUGAUCUGGCUUGUUGUACUUGCAUUAAAAUGACAAUAAAAUUAUAAAUGACCCACAUAA